AUGCAUUUGGCGAGUUGGGUAUGCAGAGCCAACUACUGUCGCUCUCUAUUGCCUAAAUCGACGUCGCAUGUUUGCAGAGGGUAUGCGGCAGCAGCAAAUGCCGCUGGCUUGGGUCACCAACAAGACCCAACUAAAAUCCGAAAUUUAGCUCUGGUAGCACAUAUCGAUUCUGGGAAGACAACCUUGACCGAGUCUAUACUUCUGAAGUCCGGUUAUGUUGCUUCUCCGGGGACGGUAGACACCGGGAGUACUACGACGGAUUUCUUGCCCGCUGAACGCGAACGCGGAAUCACCAUCCAGUCGGCCAGUAUUCCUGUGAAAUGGAAAGGCUGGAACUUCAACCUUGUCGACACGCCUGGGCAUGCCGACUUUGGGAUGGAAGUGGAAUGUGCUAGUAGAGUCGUUGACGGUGCCGUGGUAUUGAUAGAUUCCGUCGAAGGAGUGGAAUCGCAAACGAAAGGAGUAUGGAGACAAUUAGAUCGAUAUGGUGUGCCUACGCGGAUGAUAUUCUUGAACAAACUGGACCGACCAGGUGCAUCCUUUAGAUCAUCCAUACAGUCUCUGCUCGCUCAUGGUCUCCAUCCUCGUCCUACGGCCCUCACUCUCCCCAUUGCUUCAUUCAACCCUCGUGCAUAUUCCCAGGCCGAACCUGGUAUUGAAGGUAUCGUCGACCUGGUAAGGUGGGAGAUGUGGAAAUGGGACACAGAAGGCAACUUCGACGUUUCACCACUUCCUCGCGAUCCAGACGGGCUUGCCACUUCCAACAUAUUCCCUCCUGAUCAUCCUGUACUUAAUGCCGUUCUCCCCGCUCGCACACAACUCUUGGAGAGCCUGUCAAUGCACUCCGAGGAACUGAUGGACACCUUAUUAUCUUCAGAGGAAGACUCGUCCUAUUUGUCACUUGACUCCCCUGACAUCAUUCCCUAUCUUCGAGCUGCGACGCUGAAGAAUGAGAUCUUGCCUGUGUUCUGCGGGUCGGCGAUGAAGCACAUAGGGACCGAUCUUCUUAUGGACUACAUGGGCGAGCUUUUGGCGUGUCCUCUUGACAUUAAACAUGAAGCACAAGUGCGAAAUACUCCGACGCAACUAUUGGCGUGGAAAGUCGCCUGGGACAAGCGGCAAGGUUGGAUGACCUUUGUCAGAGUAUACUCUGGAACCCUAAAGCGUGGUGACACCAUUUACAACGCCACGUGCAAUACGAAAGAACGCGUAAUGAAGGUACUCCUGCUGUAUGCCAACAGGACGGAAGAAGUCGACGAGCUACCAUUUGGCUCAGUUGGCGUUAUAUUAGGCCUUAAGAACACUCGCACCGGAGACACUCUGGUAUCCUCAACAAAAGUAAAGAGUAAAAGUGGUACUUCUUUACUAGUCGACAUUGUCCCACCUCCGGCAGUCAUUUCAGCAUCCGUCAUCCCUCAUUCCUUCGCGGAUCUUGCCCCCGUUCAAGAAGCUCUACUCCAGUUAGAACGAACGGACCCCUCCGUACGCGUCGAUCUCGAGCAUCGAGAAGGGCAGAUCCUCGUGCAUGGACUCGGCGCACUGCAUCUUGAAAUUGUUGAACGUCGUUUGCGAGAUGAAUGGAACGUGCAAUUCGAGUUCGGCCAACGGCGCGUUAGCUACCGGGAGGGAUUGGGGUCAAAAGCGCCUGAAGGUGUUGUCACAAAGACAUGGAAGCCUGAAUCGGGGAGCGCUCCUGUUGCAGUUACCAUGUCGCUUUCAUUACGCCCUCUCAAAGAAGACGAACAGCGCGAUUCAUUUUGGAAUGGCAACGUCGUUGUGGACGCCGCUGGACUUCCCCUUCAUCCAGGAGACUCGGGAAGUAAAGAACCAAGUACCUACAUAGCAUCCGGGUUAGCUACGGUCCUCAGUAAUUCCCCUCACACAUCCCUCUCUCUUACCGGGGCUCGGAUUCAAAUCAAAGAAUACGAAUUCCCUGCCGGUGCUUCACCGUCACUGCUUGCUGGCGCAAGUGCUAGCAUUCUACGUGGCCUUAUUCGGGAUGCGGGUAUGGGUCCUAUCCUCGAGCCGUACGUCUUUCUCAAGACCUCCGUCGAAGAGAACAGCCUUGGGAAAGUAAUCAAAGAUCUCACCGAACAUGGCGGCGAAGUCCAGGAUCUCGGUGAUGGUGUUUCUGUCGAAGAAUUCGGCGGGUACAAAGCGGACGGGGUCUAUAUUCCUCCCACCUCGCUUUCACCGUCAGCUAGUGGAAGCUUAGGGAGUAUCAACUCCCCUCGGUUAAGGAGAACUGUCCAAGGAGUUGCACCUUUAAGCCGGCAACUGGACUAUUCUCAAAGACUUCGCGCCCUCUCGGGAGGCUAUGGUACUUUUGAAAUGACCAAUGCAGGUUUCAGAGAGGUAUCAGACCUCAGGAAGAUGGAGAUACUCAAAGAGAUUGGACGUGCGUGA